CAUUCAGGGAGUCCCCCGGGUGGCCCGGGCGGUACCCGGCCGUGGCCGCGUCCCCCUCCGCGUAGUGGCGGAGCCGUACAGGACCUGUUUCACUGCAGGGGGAUCCAAAACAAGCCCCGUGGAGCAGCAGCUAGAGCGACAGCAGCCGCAAGACAUUGUUUCUCUCCCCCUGUCCCCCCCCUCCCCACGCAACCCCAGAUCCAUUUACACUUUACACUCUGGACUUCUGUAGGAGCAUCUUGCGGCAAGUCAACAGGGUGGCCCGUUCAAGCUGCAGAUUGCCUGUCUUCCUUGCUCAGCAGCCUCCUUCUCCACGGGGUCUCUGCAUAGUCGGCCAGCACGCCGAGCCUGUGACCGCGUCUCUGAAGCUUCGGCAAGAGUUCUCUUGCGGGCCAUGAGCAGGACAGAGAGGACCCUGCCCUGCACUGGAGAGCUGGCUAAACCAGUGGUUUUUGGUUUAGGCAUCUUACAUUGAGUGUGUCUACCUCCACCCCUUCUCCUCAAGCAAAUUUGUGUGAAAAGAUCUGCUCGGGAGGAAGCUACUGCUUACGGUUCUCUGUUGAGAUGAAAGCACAUGGUUCAGUUUUCCAAAGAAAUUAGACCAAAAUUUUCUCUGUGAAAGGAAACCAGCCUGCUAUUGGCAGAAGGUAUAUCUCACCUCUCUGUGAAAGGAAGAAGCGUGCGGGAGCUCAGGAGCCAGCUGCUGCGGGGAGUUUCCAUGGUGAAGUGUAGCCGAGGCUACCUGGGCACCGCGCACAGUGAAUGCUGAUCCGGAACUACUGCCACUGGCCUAGGGAACCCACGGGGAGAUGAUUCCCCAUGAAGGGCCUGGAUCCCCUACAGACAUCAAAUGUGACUUUCUCUUUAUCAGACUGAAAUCAGAGCCAGUCAGACAGUGAGACUCCACCGUGGAGGGGGGACUGCGAAAAAUGAAAUCCAACCAAGAGCGGAGCAACGAAUGCCUGCCCCCCAAAAAGAGAGAGAUCCCCGCCACCAGCCGGCCCUCGGAGGAGAAGGCCACUGCCCUACCCAGCGACAACCAUCGUGUGGAGGGCGUGGCAUGGCUCCCCAGCACCCCUGGGAGCCGGGGCCAUGGGAGUGGACGGCAUGGGCCAGCAGCGACUUCGGGAGAGCUUGGUUUACAGCAGGGAAUGGCUUUGCACAAAUCACUGUCCACCGGGCUGGACUACUCCCCGCCCAGCGCUCCCAGGUCCGUCCCCACAGCCACCACACUGCCCACAGCCUACCCUCCCCCGCCGUCUGGGACCCCAGUGUCUCCUGUGCAGUACGCCCACCUGUCACACACCUUCCAGUUCAUCGGGUCCUCCCAGUACAGCGGGCCUUACGCUGGCUUCAUCCCCUCACAGCUGAUCUCCCCAUCUGCCAACCCUGUCACCAGUGCAGUGGCCUCGGCUGCGGGGGCCACCACACCAUCGCCACGCUCCCAGCUCGAGGCUUACUCCACUCUGCUGGCCAACAUGGGCAGUCUGAGCCAGGCGUCGGGACACAAGGUUGAACCCCUGCCACAGCAGCACCUCGGCAGGGCUGCAGGGCUGGUCACCCCAGGGUCCCCUCCACCCAGCCAGCAGAACCAAUAUGUCCACAUUUCCAGCUCUCCACAGAGCUCGGGGCGGGCAGCCUCUCCUCCCGCCAUCCCCGUCCACCUCCAUCCCCAUCAGACGAUGAUCCCACACACGCUCACCCUGGGGCCCUCCUCCCAGGUGGUGGUACAGUACAGCGAUGCCGGGGGCCACUUUGUCCCUCGGGAGCCCGCCAAGAAAGCCGAGAGCAGCAGGCUUCAGCAGGCCAAGGAGGUCUUGAACGGGGAGAUGGAGAAGAGUCGACGGCAUGGGGCACCAUCCUCCGUGGACCUGGGUCUGGGCAAGCCAGGCAGCAAGUCAGCGCCUCACCCAUAUGAGUCCAGGCAUGUGGUGGUCCACCCCAGCCCUGCGGAGUACAGCAGCCGCGAUCCCACGGGGGUCCGGGGCUCUGUGAUGGUCCUGCCCAACAGCAACACACCGGCUAGCGACUUGGAGGUCCAGCAGGCCACGCAUCGGGAAGCCUCCCCCUCCACCCUCAAUGACAAGAGCGGCUUGCACUUAGGGAAGUCUGGCCACCGCUCCUACGCGCUGUCCCCCCACACGGUCAUCCAGACCCCACACAAUGCUUCGGAGCCUCUCCCCGUGGGCCUGCCAGCCACGGCCUUCUAUGCUGGGACUCAGCCCCCUGUCAUCGGCUACCUGAGCGGCCAGCAGCAGGCCAUCACCUACGCGGGCAGCCUGCCCCAGCACCUGGUGAUCCCUGGCACUCAGCCACUGCUCAUCCCCGUGGGCAGCCCGGACAUGGACACUCCUGGGGCAGCUUCGGCCGUGGUCACGUCAUCGCCCCAGUUCGCUGCAGUGCCUCACACGUUCGUCACCACUGCCCUGCCCAAGAGUGAGAACUUCAACCCCGAGGCCCUGGUCACCCAGGCUGCCUACCCAGCUAUGGUGCAGGCCCAGAUCCACCUACCAGUGGUACAGUCGGUGGCGUCCCCUGCUGCGGCCCCACCCACGCUGCCACCCUACUUUAUGAAAGGCUCCAUCAUCCAACUGGCCAAUGGGGAGCUGAAGAAGGUGGAGGACUUGAAGACGGAAGACUUCAUCCAGAGCGCGGAGAUCAGCAGCGACCUCAAGAUCGACUCCAGCACAGUGGAGAGGAUCGAGGACAGCCACAGUCCUGGCGUGGCCGUGAUCCAGUUUGCUGUGGGUGAGCACCGAGCACAGGUCAGCGUUGAAGUCUUGGUAGAGUACCCUUUUUUUGUGUUUGGACAGGGCUGGUCAUCCUGCUGUCCGGAGAGAACCAGCCAGCUCUUUGAUCUGCCAUGCUCCAAACUCUCUGUUGGGGACGUCUGCAUCUCGCUCACCCUCAAGAGCCUGAAAAAUGGCUCUGUGAAAAAGGGUGAGCCGGUGGGCCCCGCCAGCGUCCUGCUGCAGCACCCAAAGGCCGAUGGCUUGGCGGGCAGCAGACACAGGUAUGCCGAGCAGGAAAACGGCAUCAACCAGGGAGGCACCCAGGUGCUCUCUGAGAAUGGAGAACUGAAGUUUCCAGAAAAAAUAGGAUUGCCUGCAGCGCCCUUCCUCACCAAAACAGAACCCAGCAAGCCCACGGCCACAAGGAAGAGGAGGUGGUCAGCGCCGGAGUCCCGCAAACUGGAGAAGUCGGAGGAUGAGCCACCUUUGACUCUUCCCAAGCCUUCUCUCAUUCCUCAGGAGGUCAAAAUCUGCAUCGAAGGCCGGUCUAACGUGGGCAAGUAGAGACCGUGUGGGCAGCGGAGGCCUGACCCGCCUUUCCCAUCCGUAUCCAGAUUACUGUACUGUAGGCUAAAUAACACAGUAUUUACAUGUUAUCCUCUUACUUUAGGUUUCUGUUCUAACCUUGUCAUUAGAAGUACACAGGCGUGUUGCAGGAGACCGGUGCACAUGCAUUGUCUGCCAGUGUCUGCUGGAGAGCGGGCAGGUGGAGGGGGUCCAGGCGUCCUGGGUGGUCGUGAACCGCAGCCCCAGCACCUGCCUUCCCCAGCAGUGCAGAGACACCCGAAGGGUCGAUUCCCACUGCUUUCAAGUGCAGGUUCAGUGGGAAGGACCCGAAGUGGUGUAAAGGUGCCAUGGUGGCGAGUGAGGGUCUCUGUUUCUUUGCCUCCCUCUGCCUUGCUGUCUCACUCUCGGGAUUGGGGUCCUGGGUUUCCCACGUGCAAAUACCAUCGGGAACCCAACUUCAAGGCAUUAUAGGGAAGUGUCAGAUGGCAGAUAGAAAGCUGUUUCAAAGAACAUUUUUAUCUCCAACAUAUUUUACAAUAAAAAGCAACUUUUAAUCAUAUAGAUAUAUAAAUAUAUAUAUUUCCCCCUAUGGGGCCUGACUGCACUGAGAUUUUUUUUUUUUAAGAGCAACUGCCACGUGUGGGAUCUCAUUUCUGCUUUACUAGUCUAGUGAUGUCGCCAGAUGUCAUGGUGUGCAGGGAAGUCCCGUUCACGUCACUCCUGGCCGGAUCGAUGGCAGUGGGGCUGGGGGGCAGAGAGAACCCCCCACGCUGGCUCCUGUGCAUUGUUAGGAAAACCAAUCAGGUCGCUGCAUUCACCCAGUAGCUCCCGAGCGGAAAGGGUAGCAGCUUUCCCGUGAGAGCAGCGGAAGCUCUCCGAGCUGCGGGGGCAGCGGCUUUGUCUUUGAGCUCUAGUACUGUUUCUAGUUCAUGACCAUGGACAAUUUGGGUGCCACAUUUUGAUUUUCAGAUUCCAAUGUGACGUGGGGAAUUAGAUUUUGAUGAUACACAUCCAUUACUGUCCAUGAGCACUUGAGAUGCUUUCCACACUUCAUGACCAAGCGUCUUGGUCCGUCAUUCAACUAGUACUGUAUCUCAGUUUAAACUCUGUGGGAAGAAAAUUUUUAAAGAACUAAGUUGCUUUCGAUUUUUUUUUCUCAACACUGUAACUACAUUUCAGCUCUGCAGAGUUGCUGGCGAGCCAGCUAUUAACAGUUUCACUGAGGUUUAAAGGGAUGAAUGUGAAUUAUGAACAGUAUGUGACAAUAAAUGACCACCAGUACUACCUGACAGGAGGCACUUGUCACUUUGAUGUUGGAGAAAAGAGUUAAAGACAUCUGCAGAGUUGGCAGAGAGACUGAGAGAAAAGUCGUGGAGGAAAAGAGACUCAUUUUUGUCCAGUGUUUAUAAGAUGAACUUUUAAAGAACCUUGCAGUUUGCACAUCUUGAGUUUAUAAUUUGUGUGAUAUUCCUGCAGUUUUUAUCCGAGAACAUUGUGGGAAAGGUUUGGGGGAUUGAACGAGCAUAAAUAAAUGUAGCAAAAUUUACUUUCUAACCUGCCUAAACCCUAGGCCAUUCUUAGAAGGUUCUGUUCCUUUCAGAAUUCAUUUUGGUCUUUCUGCCACAUCUGUCCAUGAAAAGCCAGGUCUUAGCAGGACAACUCUGAGAAUUUUCUUCAGAUUCAUUGAGAGUUUUUCCAUAAAGACAUUUAUAUAUGUAAGCAAGAUUUUUUUGGAAAAAAAUAUUGUUAAUGAUGUUAUUUUUAGAAUGAUUUUUUUUUUCUAUUUGAAAUCAAAUCAAAAUUUAAUGUUUGGUACAAACCCAGAAACGGUAUUUCAUAAGGUUUAAACUUUUCAUUCCCAGAGAUCCGAAAUAUCAUUAAUGGGUUUUGAGUGUAUCUUAAAAGUGCUUUUAAAAAGACGUUUUAUAAAUAGGGAGAAGUUUUCAAUAUUCUUACUUGGAUGGCUAGAACUAACUUAAUAACAGUUAUUUAAUUUUUCUUUUACCACUGAAAAGAGCACUGCUUCCAUUUCACAAACGGAAAAAAAAAAACCCUCCUAACAUCAGCCCAUAUGUCGACUUCCUAGCAUUCAUUCACAUUUACCUCU